ACAAGCAGCGGCAGCACCAGCAGCGAGGAGAGGAGAGGGGGGAGUGAUGAGUCAAUACAACUAAUAAUUUAAUGGGGACAGAGAGGGAGAGACGGAGUGAGAGGGGGAGAGACAGAGAGAGGGAGAUAGAAAGAGCUCCGUCCGGACGCCAAUCCCCAACCAACAGGACACCUCCUACUAUUACUAUCGCAGGCAGCUCUCUUAUGCAUCCACUGCAAGCCUUAUUUAUGCUCGACAUCGGAAAGUAUAUCGCACUUUUUGACCCCCCUCUCCUUGUUGUAUUUGCGAACCUGUUUCGACUGUCCGCAUAUCGUCUCGCCUCCAACGCGGUAGCAAGAACACACUGUCGGUUAUUAUUAAUAUUUUUCUCAGUCAGCCGGUAGUCAAAUCUAGCUGAGCGGACGUUAAGCUAUUUUUGUGUACGUUUAUUCUCAUAUACACAGAGAAGGGUUUAUUGGGUCUCGGCGGCGGGUAUUAUCAUUACAACUGUGUCCGAGGUGCUUUGCUUUCCACUGGAGGCUGCUAACUGUACUGUGCCGAUGUAGCGAUGUGGAUGUUGUGGUGCGAACUAAAGCUGAAGUCGCCUUCACUUUGAGCUAAAUGUCGCCGGUUGUAGCGGUUUCUGUUGCCGUUUUUUUCCUCCAAUUGGACGGAAUUAGAUAAUGGACAACACACACACAUGACCGCUUACCAAUGUUCGCCUAUCACGGUCCAUCUCGACCUCGUCGUCUCUCACACAGACCCGGGUUGUUGUUUUUUCAGACCGCCUGUCAGUCCUCCGCGAAGAAGAGCAGGAGAAAGCGUCUUUUUAAACACUGAGUAUUUUUACAAGCGUUUGCUGUCAUGCACACGUAGGGAGAGAGAGGGAGAGAUAACGAGACCGGGAAGCAGGAGUUGUUCUUUUUUUUUCUUUUCUACCCUGGCCAAACUUGAAGAAGACGUGUUUCCCAGGCGGUGUUAUAUGCUUCCGAUUGCUGAAGAAGUGCUGCGUUUCAGGUGAUAGUGAGCAGAGGUGCUGAGAAUGAUGGACCAUCUCAGCGAGGUGUGUUUGGGGAAGGAGAACUCCGACCUGAUGAACAGCAUGGCCGAGGCCAAGGCCCCGCCGGCCAAGCUGCCCCGGCUGGAGCAGAACGGCAGCCCCCUGGGCCGGGCCCGGCUGGGCAGCACCGGGGCCAAACUAGCUGGGGUCCCGUACAAACCCACCGGCCACCUGCUGAAGACCUGCCACAAGAGAGGCAACAUGCUGCCUGUGUUCUGUGUGGUGGAGCACUACGAGAAUCCCAUGGAUUUUGACAGCAAGGAGGAGCAUGCCGAGUUCGUCUUGGUGCGUAAGGACAUGCUGUUCAACCAGCUCAUCGAGAUGGCCCUUUUGUCGCUGGGCUAUUCCCACAGCUCAGCGGCCCAGGCCAAAGGUAUGAUUCAGGUGGGGAAAUGGAACCCCGUCCCCCUGUCAUACGUGACAGACGCACCGGACGCUACGGUGGCUGACAUGCUGCAGGACGUCUACCACGUUGUCACGCUCAAGAUCCAGCUCCACAGUUGUCCUAAGCUGGAGGACCUGCCGCCUGAGCAAUGGAGCCACUCUACAGUAAGAAACGCCCUCAAGGAGUUACUCAAAGACAUGAAUCAGAGCUCUCUGGCUAAAGAAUGUCCCUUAUCACAGAGUAUGAUUUCCUCCAUUGUGAACAGCACUUACUAUGCAAAUGUGUCGGCGGCAAAGUGUCAGGAAUUUGGGCGCUGGUAUAAACAUUUCAAGAAGACAAAAGAUAUGAUGGGCAUGCGCCAACCCUCCCAGCUGGAGGGAUACCUGGGGACGUGUGUCCUCCGUGAGAGCCCGCGUGCCAAUGCAUUAGCAGAGAUGGAUGGCCUGUCCGACCUCUCUCCACCCGGCUCCAAUCACAGCCACAGCCACAACCACAACCACAACCACCUGGGCUUCUCCCAGCAGCAGCAGCCUAUCCCCGGCAGCACAGCAGAGCAGACGCCAUCUUCGCCGGUGCCUCAGAUGCAGCACGCCCCCCCGCCACAUAGUGGGCAGAACGGCGGCCGACAGCCCCAGCUCCCCGGUAUGCACCACCCGGGCCUGGUGUCCACGCCCAUCAGCCCCCAGCUGGUCAACCAGCAGCUUGUGAUGGCACAGAUCCUCAACCAGCAGUAUGCAGUGAACCGGUUGUUGGCGCAGCAGUCCCUCUCGCAGCAGUACCUUAACCACCCACCUGUCAACCGCAACUCCCACAACAAGCCCAUGGAGCCACAGGUGACAUCAAACACAGAGGUGUCUAUGGACGUUUACCAGUGGGUGAGGGACGAGCUGAAGCGGGCCGGCAUCUCACAGGCCGUCUUCGCCCGCGUGGCCUUCAACAGAACCCAGGUGAGGAGGGGACACGGAUGGGCUACAGAACAGGGACUUUGCCAACUUUAA